AGAAAAUGUUGGAGCGGACCAGCACAGUUGGGAUGUGUAAAUUAUUGGAUUACAUGCGGUUCCCCUCCAUUGGCCAUCCAUUUUAGAAGAUAAUUCCAAUGUUUGAAUUCUGAGGACUAACAGUUAGAAUCGGUUUCUCAGAGGAGGAUGUCUGUGUCAGGGAAGAAGGAAUUUGACGUAAAGCAGAUCCUCAGGCUCCGCUGGCGCUGGUUCAGCCAUUCAUCCCAAGGUUCGGCUGGCAGUGGAGGCGGCGGCGGGGUGGGAGGCUACAUCCAGCAGGAUGGCCUGGAACACAGAGGGACGCCUGUCCAGGGCCGGCUGAAGAGUCACUCAAGGGAAAGAGGCGUUGGAGGACUACGGAAGACUAACAGCCCGGUCCGCAGCAUCUUGGCACCGACGCCAGGGCCCACACCUGUCUAUGUCAGAGCGGGUCAACAAUCAUGGCACCACCAGCAGAACACCAUCCAGGGUCUCCAGGUCAACGAGGAAUUCCCAAAGAGCAGCUCAUCACCCGACACCACAAGGAAAGAGGACGCCAUCACUGGCCAGGAAGACGUAAAGAAGAACAGCACAGAGGAACCUGCAGACAUUGAGGCCAGAGAGAGGUUGGCUCUGAGCACCUUCUCCAGAAUGAACACCAACUCCUCCGAUGAGUUCUUCCAGGCCACAAAUCAUGCAGAACAAACUUUCCGUAAGAUGGAGACCUACCUCCAGCACAAGCAGCUGUGUGAUGUCCUCUUGAUAGCAGGGGAUGAUAAGAUACCUGCUCACAGACUGGUCCUGAGUGCUGUGUCGGACUACUUUGCUGCUAUGUUCACCAGCGACGUGAGAGAGGCAAAGCAGGAGGAGAUCAAGAUGGAAGGAGUCGAUCCAGAGGCCCUCAGAUCCCUGGUUCAUUUCGCAUACACUGGCGUCCUUGAGCUGAAAGAGGAGACCAUUGAGAGUUUAUUGGCGGCAGCUUGCCUUCUCCAGCUUUCACAAGUCAUCCAGGUUUGCUGUAACUUCCUGAUGAAACAGCUUCAUCCCUCCAAUUGCCUGGGAAUACGCUCCUUUGCAGAUGCCCAGGGCUGUGUGGACCUGCUCAAUGUGGCGCAUAACUACACCAUGGAACACUUCCUGGAGGUCAUUCAAAACCAGGAGUUCCUGCUGCUCCCCACGGCUGAGAUUGUUAAGCUGCUCUCCAGCGAUGAGAUCAACGUCCCCGAUGAGGAGACCAUCUUCCAGGCUUUGAUGAUGUGGGUGCGGUACGAUGUCCAGCAUCGACAACAGGACCUCGGGGUCCUUCUUGCCUUCAUCCGCCUGCCUCUUCUUCCUCCACAGCUCCUUGCAGAUCUUGAAAACAACAAAAUGUUCUCUGAUGACCUGGAAUGCCAAAAGCUGCUGAUGGAGGCCAUGAAGUACCAUCUCCUGCCUGAGAGACGUCCCAUGUUUCAGAGCCCAAGAACCAAACCUAGAAAGUCCACUGUGGGCGCACUUUAUGCUGUAGGAGGGAUGGAUGCUACCAAAGGCUCCACCACCAUUGAGAAGUAUGACCUGCGGACUAACACUUGGGUCCAGGUUGGAGUCAUGAACGGGCGCCGGCUCCAGUUUGGUGUCGCAGUUAUAGACAACAAGCUGUAUGUGGUUGGAGGGAGAGAUGGACUCAAGACGUCCAAUAUGGUGGAGUGCUACAAUCCGAUCAAUAAAGUGUGGUCCACCAUGCCCCCCAUGUCAACACACAGACAUGGACUUGGUAUUGCUGUGCUGGAGGGCCCCAUGUAUGCUGUGGGAGGCCACGACGGCUGGAGCUACCUCAACACAGUGGAGCGCUGGGACCCGCAGGCCAGACAGUGGAACUACGUGGCCAGUAUGUCGACUCCACGGAGCACCAUGGGAGUCACAGCGCUUAAUGGAAAAUUGUUUGCAGUAGGUGGUCGAGACGGCAGCUCAUGUCUGAGGUCGAUGGAGUGCUUCGAUCCGCACACCAACAAGUGGAGCAUGUGUGCUCCCAUGGCCAAGAGGCGAGGAGGAGUGGGUGUGGCGACGUACAACAACUUCCUGUAUGCUGUAGGCGGACACGAUGCCCCCGCCUCCAACCACUGUUCUAGACUCUCCGAUUGUGUUGAAAGGUAUGACCCAAAGACGGAUACGUGGACCACUGUGUCCUCCCUUAGCGUUCCGCGGGAUGCUGUGGGUGUCUGCUUGCUGGGUGACAGGCUUUAUGCUGUGGGUGGAUACGAUGGUCAGUCAUAUCUGAACACUGUCGAGUCCUACGAUGCACAGAACAAUGAGUGGACUGAGAGGGAAACAGACAGAACCUUGCCCAUUGUUUCUGUCAUUAGUGGACAUGCCUACCCACUGGGGAGGACUUAUUCAGAAACUGGACUGCAUUGCACAUUCUCCACAUUCUCAACCGAUCAAGAAUUUUCACAGACUUGGAUAAGCUGUAGCAAGUGCCAAGCCUUUGUUGUACUACUUUGUUUUAUGAAACGUUCUGUGGAUGUCCGUAAAAUUACAUGUAAAAGUUAAAUUUUUAGUAUAUAGGUUAGUUUACAUCUAUAUAGAGCCUUUUCUUAUCAGUGCCAUCACAUACAGUAUAUUUUGGGGAUUAUAUUUCACUUUAUAGCAACUCAAAUGAAAGUUGUAAUGAUACAUAAAUGUUACCACGUACCUGGGUCUUUCCUUAGUGGGUGGUCUGAACAGAUUCUUGCUCUUUAGCGACAAAGACCGCUGUGAACACUGAGCGUGAAGAAUUUGUCCAGGCUGCUUUGAAGAACAGGAAUUAAAUCAAUUUUUUUGCUGAGUAUUAUAUUUGAACAUUUUCUUUUGUAUUGAGCCUGUAGCUACAGAACACCAAAGUCAUUUGCUUGUCUUAGAAGUCUUGUUACACAUUAAAUACAAGUUUACAAAAUUGUGAAUUACAGAAAAUAUAUCAUAUUGAUAUUUCACAGUGCUGUACAGAUUUUUUUGUGAACUUUCUAAAACUACAUUUGUGUUGAUAGAAUCAUGCCUAAACCAGUGCACUCUGGUGACUACAAUUAUUAUUAUUCUUUUGUCUUUAUUUCUGGGCAUGCUGGCUGAGUGAAUGUUUUAUUUGAUUUAUACAAUAUUAUAUAUUAAGAUCAAUGUCUGUUCUGUAUUUUUAAGGAUGUGAAGCCUUUUGGGUCAUGUAAAUGAUCUUAUUAUUCACAACACAACCAUUGGAUUAACCCAGAAAGAUUAGCAAACUGGCUGAGUGGCACCAGAUGCACCCAAACCAGCUAUCUGAAUCUUUCGGCAGCACUCAGAAACCUGAUUUCCACAGCAUUUCACUAAUGUGACUUUGAUUGGAAUUUUUAGGUUUGUAGUUGGUUGUUUUGCUCAUAAAAGUAAAAAUGUUACUAACUUUAUCAAAAUGACAACCAUUUGUAACUGUAAUUAUGCCAAGUUUUUGGGGCCAAAUGUUAGUUUUUAUCAUAAUUUUGUACAGCAUGCAAACCGAUAAAUAAAAUGACUUCAGUCUUCUCUGCACGUUCAAAUCCACGUUUAGAGCUGAAUGUGGCCCCUCAGCGGGCAUAUUUAGAUUUUUCUUGUUCUGCUUUAAGUAAACUAAACUGAUUCUUUGA